UAAUGUGGUCAGGGCUUAGUGAAAACUCUGGCUCUUUGUCCUUUCAGGUGAAACUAGUUCACCCUAGUGAAGCUAUAACGGUGCUGCGCAGGCUGAACAGAGAACAACCAGACAGAGUUCACUUCAAGACCCUCUUCCAGUCAGGCUCUGUUUCUGAAACUACUGCCUGUAACUGGUGCCUGCGUCCGAACCAGCAGCCACUGUGCAACUACACUGACGCACAUACAGGUGAACCUUGGUUCUGCUACAAACCAAAGAACCUGAGCUGCAAUACCAGGAUCAAGUACGUCAUGGGAGGAUUCAUUAAAAACCUCAAGGCCAAUGAGGAGAAACUCUUUCAAAGUGAUGUCAAUAUGAAAGUCCCCAUUCGGGCUUCAGGACCUGCUGCUGUCACUGUGUUGCCAAACAAGACAGGUCAACCAGAGAUGAAUAAAAAUGAUGUGACGUUUACACCAUCCGGCUAUUACUACCAGGGUGUGUGGCGAGCACUAGGAGGCACCACAAUUCGUCAGUUCAGCACCUCUACCAUCAGUCAGUGUCUGAAAGGCAAGAUGGUCCACCUGUAUGGAGACUCCACUGUCAGGCAGUGGUUUGAAUAUUUGACCAAUACACUACCAGAUCUCAAGGAGUUUAACCUGUACAGAAAGAACCUAUUUGGACCUUUAUUGGCCUUGGAUCUAGCAAACGACAUCAUGGUGACCUUCCGCUGCCACAGUUCUCCUAUCAUCUUUCACACAAUUCCAUUUGCCCAGGUGCGUUACAUUGCCAAUGAAAUAGAUGGAAUAACUGGAGGCACCGACACUGUUGUCGUUGUUUCUGUCUGGGCACAUUUUUGCCCUUUUCCCAUUGAGAUGUACAUCCGGCGGAUGCAGAACAUCCGCAAGGCUGUGGUGCGGCUGCUGGAAAGGGCUCCAGGUACACUGGUCAUCAUCCGGACU